AUGUAUGAACACUACACAAAUGAUCUUCUUUCAAACACAUCUUCAGAACAAGUGUUGGCUUUACAGCGACUGCAGAAGAUUAACCAUGACCUACGCGUUGAGCUGGAGGCUCAAAAGAGGAGUCAAGAGGAAGCCAGAGAAGCUGAACUACGGCGAAGAGUGGAUCUCUUAGCUCAACAAGCACAGUUACUGGUCACAGGUGAUGCCACAGCACUUGCACAAGCCCAUCUAGAGCAAGAUCGCCGUCGUUUUUUUGAGCUACAUGUGGAGUGGGAGCAUUGUGUGGCUUCCCUGAAGUCCCAGCUGAGCACUAGUGAGGAGCAGAGAAAGGAGGCUGAGUCACGCUUGACACAGCUGCAGCAGGAGUUGCAGAUUUUCCAUGUUCUCCAGCAAGAGGCCAAUAGCUUGAAGAAACAUCUCCAAGAGGUAACAACUCAACUUCAUGCUAAUGAGGAAGCACAGGCUCAGAAGGAGGCUCGUCUGCAGAAGCACCUCAUGCUCCUUCAAGCAAGUCAGGAGAGAGAACGGAGAAGCUUGGCUGCUAGCCUGGAACAGGCAGAGCAACAUUCACAGGAGCUUCAGGAAAGACUGGACAGGGCUGAGCAGCAGGUGGGGAGCCUGACUAAGACUCAGUCCUGGACCAAGGAAAUCGAGAAGGCUCAACAACAGCUUCAAGAAGAGUUAGCCUGUACAGUAUCUGCUGUGCAGAAACUUCAAGAGGAAAGAGAACAGCUUGACCGUCACUGUCAAGAGCUGCAGAACCAGUUAUCUGAGGCAGAUGGGGAAGUGACCAAGUUGCAGAGCCGCUUGAAAACAGAUGAAACGCACUACUACAAUCUUGAGCAUUCAUAUGAAAGAGUUUGUGAGGAACUGCAGCUUGCUUUAGGGAAGGUGCAGCAAAAAGAGUCUGAAACACAGGACAUACGAGAAGGCUACGAGAGACUUCUGGACAGGAAGGAACAAGAGCUGAGUGAGGUUUUACUGAAGAUGGAGGUCUUAGGUAAUAGCCUGGAGGAGACAGAAGUGAAGCUGAAUGAAUUGUUGGAAGUUUGCACCUGUGCAUCUUCUCAGCUGACACAUCAAUCCUCUGGGCAAGCUCAGCAAAAUGAGAAAAAACAGACAACUGAUCUUUUUGCUGUAAACAACAGCAGGCCAAAGGCAAUAGAUGUUGGCCAUUUGUUUAACAGCUCAAAUGAACGUGCAAGAACCCAUUCUCUCUCAACUGAUUCAUCGUAUCAGAGCAUUGUCACUGCAGGAGAUGACCCUGAAAGGUUUAUGUCUGUCAUCCAGAUGCUAGAAACCAAACUUUUUGUAACAGAGGAGAAGUUAAGGGACAUCAUGCAAAGACUGGAGGAACACCAGAGUCACAUCACCUGCCAGGACCCCCAACUUUGCUCACAGCUCACUAGAAGCCGAGCCACUGCUCAGCACCUCAGUCUGCUGCUUCACAGUCAGGCCAAGCAGAGCCAGCGUUUCGCCCAGGAGACAGAAAACCGCUGCAGGUUGUUGGUUGGUAGGUUUCAGGUCGCACUGAACAUCAUACAAGCCUGCAGAGAGAGGCUUCAGACCACCCCGAUUAACAUUAUGGAUUUUGAGAAGCAACUAGCCACUGUUGCUGCUUGCCUUCAGCAAGGAGAGAAAGAUGCAGAGAAACAACAGCAGGAAUCACGUAAUGCCAGCAAAGGAGAUGACAAGAUCCUCAAUGAUGAGGCAUUAGCUGCACCUCAGAGCAAUUUUGUCAAUAAAAGUAAACUCACUAAUACACUGCCUUCAGAAGAUGACAUGGAAAGUGUUGGAAAAUGUUUAAUGAAGGAACUAUUUGUAGUAGAAAAAAUGGUGUCUGCCCUUCAGAGUCAGCACGGUAUUGCACUACUGUCCUUAGUGCCAAGAGAAGAAGAAGGGGAUAUGGUGCAAAGAUACAAAAGCAUAAUCUCCCAAAGAAGAGCCUUAAAAUCAGAAAAAGAGACUCUGUCAAGGAAAACCGAUUGUGAGAACAGUGUACCUUUAAACAGGGUCAUUGGUGGAGUCUGUGCUGAAGCAGAGGUCAUUUAUGCUGCCUUAAAAUUUCAGCAGCAAUACGAGAGCACGACUCAAGCAAAUAAUCAAGAAAUGGCACAUCAAAGAAAGGGUCUGGCAGAUAUCAAUCCCCCAGAGUUGGCCCCUUAUGAGGAGCAAGUGCAGGUAGAGGAUGGGGGUCCAGAAAGAGCUGGAAAACUGGUUGAAAAGGGUGACUCCGAUGUCAAAAAGGUAGAGGCAGAGACAGAACCAGACUGGUUAGAGAGACUUAUAUGCCGGUUGCAGAGAAGGGCCAAAUGCUUGCGACAACUUUUUCAGGAGAUUUCUGAUGGCAGUGGAGUAGAGUGUAGUCUGGGCGAUAUCUGGGAAAAUGCUUUUACAGCUGACUUAAAUUGGAUGCUCGAGCAGGCAAAGUUGAUUUAUUUGUCAGACAGGUUGCACUUGGAUUUAGAGCAGGAGUUGCAUCAAAGCAAGGUGUUACAGGACAAACUUCAACCUUUGUGCAAAGAGCAGGAUAACACAUUAAAGGAUGAGCAGGAGGCUUUCAAUCAUACCCUACGUCAACUUCAGGAGGACAACAGUGCAUUAAGAGAGGAAUUAGAGCGUUCUGUGGAAAAGAUAAUAUCUGUAGAGACUGGGAACCAGAAGCUCCUGGAAGACAUACAGAAAAUCGAGGAUUAUCAUGAGGAACAGAUGAAAAAACUAGAAACAGAGUUUCAAGAGAAAAUAAGGGAGCUGCAACAGAUCCAUGAAGAGGAGAUGAAACACUUGCAUGGUUACUACACCAAGUCUUGCUUCUCCAAAGAGAAGCAGACCAAAACCUGCACAGAGGCAACUGUUACUACCUCGUCCCUACCGGAGCAGCCUGUGAUGCACAGAAAAAUACAAGAGCAGCCCAGGAACAUAACGGAUGGAGGUGAUGCAGCAGCCAAGAGAGAAACUUUCCAGAAAGAUCCAGAAAAUCCUAAGGCAGCCUGUGAAGAAGGAUUCUCUGCUAUGGAGGAAAUGCACAGGAAGCUGGUAGGUGAUCUACAGGAGCAGCAUCAAAAGGAGGUGGCAGCACUUCUGAAGGAGAAAGACCAGCUGCUGCAGGAAGAGACAGCUGCCACAAUGGCAGCCAUUGUAGCAAUGAGAAGAGCCCAUAAACAGGAGCUGGAGAGAAGUCGACAGUCUCAGCACAUCAAGGAGAGUGCUGACAUCACACAACUGCAUGUUCAACACGAGAAGGAGACCCAGUUACUGCAAAAGGAGCUUGAGGUGUUAUCGGUUCAGCACACUCAGAAAUGCCUGGAAAACUCUCGGUUGAACCAGGAGCUGCAAGAUGAGAGACAAUCCUUGAUGCAAUGCCAAAAGGAAAACCAGGAGCUCAAAAAGAAGCAGAGAGAGACAGAUGAAAUGGCUCAGCCUCAUUUCUCACCAAAUGGUCAACAGUCACAUGUUGCCCCUCAAAUGAACAACUUCUAUGAGAUGGAGGUAAGUUUCUGGAAAUGUUGA